AUGAUUGGGGAGCCUUUGUGGAUCGAUGCCCAAACGGGCAAUGUUGGACGGAGGGAGUAUGCUCGCGUGUGUGUCAAGCUGGACCUCGCUAGGAAACUCCAAUCUGGAAUUUGGAUUAAUGGUUGGAAAGGUCGGUUUCACCAACGUGUGGAAUAUGAAGGCCUUGGGCUCUCUUUCUUCGAAUGUGGGCGUGUGGGACAUAGAAAGGAGCACUGCCCCUCACGGGUGGGGGCCGGAAAUACUACCCCAGGAGGUGCUAAAACUGGGGCUACGUCGGGAAAAUCUCCAGCCUCGGGAGGAGGCUCAUCCGCUUGCAAUAGCAAUUCGAAGCAGGCUAUAGGAGAUACGCCGACUGUCGGGGUGGUCACACCGUGCCCCAAUUCCAACUUGUCCACCACGGGUAAGUUCACGGGGGCGGCAAGCGCUGGAGAUGCUAGACAAUCGUCAUCACGAGCCCUGAAUCUUGGUUCGUGCUCUCCGGAGGUGCCCAUUGCUACGGAGGAUGACAGCCUGUAUGGCCCAUGGAACAUUGUUCCACCAAGAAAGGGUAGGAGACCGGUGAAGAAAAACCAAGCGGAAGAGAAAAUGCCUCUUGGUGAAAACAUUCCCAGGCAGAUUGAUUUGGCGAAAAUCAAGGAGCCAAAGGUGAGACGGAUGAAGGAGAAUUUCCAUCCUAAUCGGGGGGGUAAGAAAUCGAGGCUUACGGAGCCUCUCUUGUUCUCGGCGGGUAUUCGAUCGGUGGAAACCAGGCCGGCGAGACCCAAGCUCGGAGCUUCCAAAGCUCAUUUUGAUAAAGAAUUGAAGGGGGUUCGCAAGAAGUUGACGAGCCACUUCCUGAGACACCUCAUUGUUGAUAAUGAGGUCUUGUUUGUUGGGCUGACCGAAACUAAGGUGGAAACCUUUGAACAUGCGGAUGUUGAUCGCCUUGUGGGGCAUGGAUGGGACUUCUUUCACCAACCGGCUGUGGGCAAGUCUGGAGGUCUCUUGGCUAUUUGGAGACGGGAAGUCAUUAAGUUUGAUGUGGCGGCGGCCACGGAACAAUGCUUAAUGGGGAGGGCAACUUUGCCUAACCUGCAGACUUGGAAGGUGGCCCUGGUUUACGCCAAUAAGGAUCACCUGAUUCGUAGACAAUUGUGGGAGGCCAUCACGUCCAGCUUGCCGGGGGACGGGCCACUCAUUAUUGGCGGAGAUUUCAACUGCUGUCUCUCGCAGGAGGAGAAAAAGGGAGGUAAACGUUUCAGAUUUUCUGUCGGGGCUCAGGAAAUGCUGGAUUUUAUGAAUAAUGCGGACCUCGAUGAUCUCGGGUUCUCUGGACCUAAAUUCACUUGGUCGAAUAACAAGGAUGGUAACAGUCGCAUUUGGGUUCGGCUGGACCGAUUCCUUAUGAAUUCGGAGAGGCUGGGUUUGGCCCCCUUUGCUACCGUUAGGCACCUGAAUAGAUUGGUGUCGGAUCAUUGCCCGAUGGUUUUUGAUUUGGGUGGGACGGGUGCUGCUGCGAGCUUUCAGUGGAUGCGGUUUGAGGAUGUUUGGAUGAGUUAUCCAGCCUCUUGGAGAGUUGUGGCCAAUGCAUGGAGUAAGCUGAACUUCGGGUACCCUGCGGACGUGGUAAACCGUCAAUGCAGGCGUACGUUAAAGGCUUUGGUUUUUUGGAGCAAGCACCGAAUCCGUGACCUUGGGGAGCAGAAAAACUCACUGGAGAGGCGUAUCGCGGCUCUCCAACAGUUGGACUGCUCGGAUGAGGGGCUGAAUUCAGAGCAAGAGGAGGAAUUAUGUCGUGUGGUGGGAGAAUUCCAUGCAAUUUUGAGUAGGAUGGCGACGUGGUGGGGACAACAUGAAAAUGUUAGGUGGAUUGAGGAAGGCGAUGCCAAUUCACAUUUUUUCCAUGCCGUGGCCACGGCCAGAAGACGUUCCAACCGGGUUUUGGAACUCCGUAAGGCUGACGGGACUAUGCUCAAUGAGCCGGGCUUGAUCCAGAAUUAG